GGCGGCUCCCCGCUCCCCGCCCCCAAGCGGCGGUAGCGCCCGGCGCCGCAGUGAGAGCCGGAGCCCCCCAGGGAGCAGCGGCGCAGGAGCCGGCACCCACCGCGGGAGGGGCGGCGGCAGCAGGCACAGCGACCUCGGGAGGGGAGCGGAGCUGCGAUGGCCGAGUUCCCGGCUAAAGUGAGCACGCGGACCAGCAGCCCCGCGCAGGGCGCCGGCGCCUCGGUCUCGGAGCUGCGCCCGGACCUGGGUUUCGUGCGUUCCAGCCUCGGUGCGCUCAUGCUGCUGCAGCUGGUGCUGGGCCUGCUGGUGUGGGCCUUGAUUGCUGACACCCCAUACCACCUGUACCCGGCCUAUGGCUGGGUGAUGUUCGUCGCUGUCUUCCUCUGGCUGGUAACAAUCGUCAUCUUCAUCCUCUACCUGUUUCAGCUGCACAUGAAGUUGUACAUGGUACCCUGGCCACUUGUGUUAAUGGCAUUUAACAUGGGUGCCACCGUUCUCUACAUCACGGCCUUCAUCACCUGCUCUGCUGCGGUUGAGCCGACCUCCCUGAAAGGCACUCGCCCGUAUAACCAGCGUGCAGCUGCCUCCUUCUUUUCAUGUUUAGUGAUGAUUGCCUACGGAGUGAGUGCUUUCUUCAGCUUCCAGGCCUGGCGAGGAGUAGGCAGCAAUGCAGCCACCAGUCAGAUGGCUGGCGGCUACGCCUAGACCGCAGGCGCCUCACCCACCUGGGGUUGAAGGCUGCAGCUGGGUCACAGGUGCAGGGUGCCCUGCAAGUCAGAGGCUGGGCCCUGCCUGGAGUCAGCCCAGAAGGGACUGCGCUUGCUCCUCUCCACUCAUCACCCGGGCUCUCGUCCAACACUCCAAAGGAAUCAGGACCCUUCCUCUGGCUUGGCCAAGGCGGCACAUGCGUUGGCUGCAAGGAUCCAAGGCCAAGACCCCCUCCCCAUCUCCCUUAUUCAGCAGGAGGUGAUGGGGGAUACGGGGCUCUUCUCUGCUGUCUUUAGAGGACUUCAGUGUCCAAGGCAGGGGCCCAGCCUCACCAGCACUAAAUACACUAACAAGGACUCCAGACCUGCAUCCCCGACCCCCAUAGAGUAAGCCUAACAAGCAACAUUAUUUAUCUUUAUCUUCGUCUUUGUUCUGGGCCCCCUGAGCGAGCUGAUGAAACCGGUCUGACUCCAGUGACCCUCCUCCAGGCCAACACGUCACUUGUAGGGAGACUUUGUAGAAAGCGGGUUAUGAUUUCUGACAGCAUGGUCUUUCCUUUUCCUGCAUUUCAGACAUACUGGUUAUUUAACGCAAAUUGGUUUUUAAGCAACCUCUCAAUGAUGAAAAACUUCCCCAGGUUUCCCUCCCUUUCCCAAGCCCUUGUUUGUAAUCCUCCCUUUGGGAAAAGCUAACAUCAAUGCCGACUGCUUCCCCGAGACACUGCUGAUGAGGCACAGGGGACAUGGAGGGAGGAAUCAAGACCUGGCCUGAUGCAUUGUCCUGUGCUUGGGGGAGACUUUCUUGUUGUUUUUUAUAAAAAUAAAGAUGGAAGAACUUAUUUGGAAAAGG